CAUGGGCCCCUCUCCGCACCACCACCUCCUCCCCCUCUUCCUCCACGCCGGCAUCAUCGCCGCCGUGGUCCUACCGCUGGGGGCCGCCGCGGAUGGCAUGUCCGAGGCGGAGGCGAUGAUCCACCUCAAGAAGUCCUUCUCCAACUCCUCCUCGGUCUCGUCGUGGCUCAUCACCGACAACGGCGGCAAUUCCCCGUGCUCCCCGGGGUCGCACGAGUGGCACGGCGUGGUGUGCGGCCGCGGCAAGGUCACGGGGCUCCGCCUCAGCGGGCUCCAGCUCGGCGGCACCAUCGACGUCGACGCGCUCUCCAGCUUCCCCGGCCUCCGCUCCGUCUCCUUCGCCAGCAACAACUUCACCGGCCCGCUCCCCAGCUUCCACCGCCUCACCGCGCUCAAGUCCAUGUUCCUCUCCGACAACAAGUUCAACGGCGCCAUCCCCGACGAGUUCUUCCCCAACCUUAACCACCUCAAGAAGCUCUGGCUCGACGGCAACGAGCUCUCGGGCCCCAUCCCGGCGUCCCUCGCCGAGGCCGAGGCGCUCAUCGAGCUCCACCUCGAGCACAACGAGUUCUCCGGGGAGCUCCCUCCCGCGCCGCCCCCGGCGCUCAAGUCGUUCGACGUCUCCGACAACGACCUCGACGGCAUCGUCCCGGAGCCGUUCCGGCGGUUCGACGUCAGCGGGUUCAGCAGGAACCAGUACCUCUGCUACGUGCCGAGCCCCGGCCAGCCGUGCAAGCGCCCGGAGACCGCUCCCGAGUCGUCCAACUGGCUCGCCGUGGUGUUGGCCACGCUGCUCGCCUCGGCAAUCGUGAUGGUCAUCGUCUUCUGCGCGUGCUGCCGCCAGCCGGCCCGCGUCCACGGCUACGACCACGCUCACAAGGGCGACACGGAGGACACGCCGCCGGUGUACAUGGUGAAGCAGGGAUCAUCGACGGUGCAGAAGCGGAGCUUGUCGUGGCUCGGGAGGAAGACAGGGUCGACGACGGGCGGGCGGCACCGGAGGGCGUCGUCCGCGGCGAAGGUGGACGACAUGAGCACCGGGGGCGUCGCCGGGGACCUGGUCAUCGUGAACGACUGCAAGGGCGUGUUCGGUCUGACGGACCUGAUGAAGGCGGCGGCGCAGGUGAUCGGGACCGGCGGCCUCGGGUCGGCGUACAAGGCGGUGAUGGCCAACGGCGUGGCGGUGGUGGUGAAGCGCGCGCGCGACAUGAACCGCGCCACCAGGGACGCGUUCGAGGCCGAGAUGAAGCGCCUGGGCGGCAUGCGCCACGCCAACCUGCUGCCGCCGCUGGCGUACCACUACCGCAAGGACGAGAAGCUGCUCGUGUACGAGUACAUCCCCAAGGGCAGCCUCCUCUAUGUGCUCCACGGCGACCGGGGCAUGGACUACGCGGCGCUGGACUGGCCGACGCGGCUCAAGGUGGCGGCCGGCGUGGCGCGCGGCGCGGCGUUCCUCCACGCGGAGCUCGCCGGCGCGGGCCACGAGGUGCCGCACGGCAACCUCAAGUCGUCCAACGUGCUCCUCGCGCCGGACUUCGAGCCGCUGCUCGUCGACUUCGGCUACUCCGGCCUCGUCAACUACACGGAGUCGCCGGCGUCCAUGUUCUCGCGCCGGGCCCCCGAGUGCGUCGCCGGGCACCCGGCGUCCGCCAAGGCCGACGUGUACUGCCUCGGCAUCGUCCUCCUGGAGCUCCUCACCGGCAAGUUCCCGUCGCAGUACAACGGCAACGGCGGCACGGACCUCGUCGUGUGGGCGACCACGGCGCUGGCCGACGGCCACGAGCAGGACCUGUUCGACCAGGCCAUCGUGACGGCGUGCAAGUACGCGCUGCCGGACAUGAAGCGGCUGUUGCAGAUCGCGAUGGAGUGCGUGGAGACGGACCUGGGGAGACGGCCGGACAUGAAGCAGGCGGCGUCGAGGGUGGAGGAGGCGGCGGCCGCGGCGCUGGCGAUGGUGAGGCAAGAGGCACCCUCGUGAGAGACGAGUCCAUGCAGCGGGUCACGAGUGCCGGCACCUCGUGAGGCGGUGGCAUGGCAGCGAGGCUGGCCGGAGUCGGAUUUUGUAAAGUCCAUGUCAUCAGUUGUUGGUGCCCUUUUACCUAGCCCCUUGUAUGUAUUUCAGUAGUCAUCUCUUGUACAUGUAAAUGUAGCUCCAGAAAUGAGCAAUCAGAGAUUUCACAUUUUUCACGUUCUUUCGUAUUGCUCUCCAAUUCUUCUUUUAAUUUUACAGAAGUGUAGAGUACAUGUUUUUUCUUUAUCAAAUCAUUUGUUUACAGUAUUCACCUUCUCUUUGUCAUGUAAGCUACU